AUGUAUUCUGCAUUAACAGGGUUGUACAUACUAGAGAACAUUCCCAUUCGCUGUCAACAACUGGACGACUCCAACAAGUACCCGUUAUCAUGUGACCCCGAUGCUGCGGAUGACUACAUGAACGUCACAGUGGUCAUAGACACGCCUGAGCUGUGUGAAGAAGUACAGACCACCACUGCUGGUAAUAUGGAAGAGCUCUACACGCUAGAGGUGAAAACUAUGACCGAUAACACAUUCUCCGCGCCACGGCCGCCGGAAUCUUACCAGUUUGGUGAAUACCUACACAUAGUCAUUGUGGUUGAUAGCUCAGCAUCGGGUGUGGUGAUUGAAAAUGCCAUAGUUUCUGAGGUGGAUCGCAUCGGCCCUACGCCCGAUGUUCAGUGUCGCACUGACUACGUGUAUGUUCAUCCUGAGUGGCCGCAGAUGUUCCAGCGAGAGAUAUCACCCUCACAGAUCUGGAUACAAACUAUCAUGGACACUGAUUUG